AUGUCAAGAACUCCAACAUAUAAAACUAUUCGACAGCAAUCAAAGAUGUGGAAACAAUCACCAGCAGCUCCAAUGAAUAGCUUUCAACGUUCUUUAAAGGAAAGAGAAGAAAAUUUGAAAUUACAAAGAUCAAAACUUGACUUAGCAUGGAAAAAACUCAACGAAGAUAUAGCAGAACUUGAAGAAGAGAAGAAAAGAAACGAAGAUUUAAAAACAGAAUUACGUUUAUGGGAAGAUAUUCGAGGAAAACAACAAGAAGAAGCAGAAGAAGAUGAAUCAGUUCUUAGCAGAACAUUAUAUGAGCUUCAGCAACACCUAAACCUUGUUAAAAAGGACUUAUUUAUUUGCCAAAAGAAGAAAGAAAUUUUAAUGCGUAAAAAUUCAGAAGUAGAUCCGAUUUUAGAGAACGAAAUAUACGGAAAAAGUCAAACAUUAAGUACAAUCCAGCAAAUGAUCGAUUACAUCAACAACGACUUAACGAAACACGAAAAUGAAACUUUACAAAAGGAAGAAGAAGCCAAACAGCACCAGAUAGCUAUCCUAGAAGCUGAAGAUCGCCACAAAGAAAUCAUUAGACGCAAGAUAUCAGCAGAAUCCGAAAAAGCAAUGCUACAAAAACGUCUUGAAGAAUUGAAAAAACAAAAUGAAGUUUUUGAAACGAAUAAAAAGGCCGCAACAGAGAAACUUAAUGCUGCAAAGGAAGAGGAAAAGAAGCUCGAUGAAGAGGACAAAGAAAUAGAACAGAAACAAAAGGAUUUGGAUGAAAAAAUGAAAGAAUUAGAAGAAUUAAAAUCGAAAUACGAAGAAUUAAAGCUCGAAGCCGCCCAAAAAGAGAUAGAAAAGAGAAAGGAAGAGGAUGAAAGACUAAAGAAGAUUGUUUUGCAGCCAAUUGAAGACAAAAACGUCGAAGAAGAUUAUAAUACUUUAUUAAUUGAAUUAGACUUGAAGAAAUCCGAACUUUUACAACGAGAAAAAAUGUUAGAACUCGAAGAGAAUCGCAUUGCUGAUGAUUUCAAUGCACAAAAGAAAUCUUUGGAAGAUGCGAUUAAUUACCUCAAAGAAAACCUCAAAAACUCAAAGGAAGACAGUGAAAAGGCUGAAGAAACAAAGCAGAAGGCCGACCAGCUCAACUCCGAGAUCAAAGAGAAACAAAAUGAACUUGAAAAUCUGAAAAAAGAAAUGAAAACGAAAGAAGAAAUGGAAAAAAUCGAUAAAGAACUUGAAGCAGAGAAGAAAGAAGUUGAUGACAUGGAAAAGGAGUUGAGUGAGGUAUUAGCAAAGCUCCAGAGAGAUGAAGAAGAAACAGAUAAAGAGGAAGAAGAAUUAAAGUUUAAUUUGGAAAAAUUACAAAACGAAAGAAUCGUCCUUCAAGAGAAAGAGAAGCAAAUGAACGAAAAAUUGCAAAUAUACCAGAAAGAACUUGAAAAUUCCCAAGAAAGAUUAGUUUCAUUAACAAAUUCUAUCUAA